AUGGCGUUUCCAAAGAGAGCAGCAGUGUGGACACUAGUAGCAGUAUUGCUCCCUUUGAUCAGCUCCAGGGAUGUUUUGGCAUCGCACAGCUAUGAAAGAACUUGCCCAAAUGCGGAGUGGAUCAUCCGAGACACGAUCAACGAGCAUGCUAGCCGGGACCCAACAAUCCCCGCGGGACUGAUUCGCUUGCACUUCCACGACUGCUUCGUCAACGGUUGCGAUGGCUCCAUCCUUCUCGAUUCCACUCCAACAGACGGUACCAAUGUCGAGAGAUUCGCUCCUCCAAACCGGGACUCCGUCCGAGGAUUUGAAAUUAUCGAGGAUGCGAAAAGAAGGCUGGAACAGGCUUGUCCUGGUAUAGUUUCUUGUGCCGACACUGUGGCCAUCGCCGCAAGAGAUUCAACUGUCAGGAUGGGAGGCCAGCACUACAAAGUAGCCACUGGACGCUAUGAUGGACGGGUGUCGAGCUUGCAACUCGCCACAAAGUUUCUACCAUCGCCAUCCAUGGACGCCUCGACUCUCAUAAAAAAUUUCAAGAACCAAGGCUUGUCCGUUGAAGACCUUGUCGUUCUGUCAGGAGCUCACACACUGGGAACCUCCAAAUGCAACUUCUUCGCGAGCGGCCGCUUCGACCGCCUGUACAACUUCAGGAACACGAGCAGAGCCGACGAGACAGUAAAUCCUGCGUACUUGCAGCACCUCCGCAGCAGAUGCCCGCGCGAUGGGUCCGCAAACACGGUGGAGCUUGACAGGGGUUCGCAGUUCAGCUUUGACAACUCCUACUUCAAGAAUUUGGAGCGGAGGAACGGACUUCUCACCUCUGACCAGGUGCUGUUCGAGAGCGAACGCACGAGUGGACUUGUUCGAUCCUACGCCUACAAUUCCAGGCAGUUUGCGUCUCAUUUUGGGCAAUCUAUGGUAAGAAUGGGAAGCAUCGGGUGGAAAACGAAAGAGAAUGGGGAGAUCAGAAGGGUGUGUAAUGCCGUGAAUGUAAAUAAACACGACACUUUGUAA